CUUUUUCUUGAAUGCAGGACUUUUACUUGUAACAGAGUAUUCCUACACUCUGGUACUUUUACUUUUACUCAAGGGCAUUUCCAUUUGAUCUAGUCUGCAUGUCUUUGGACUGUGGGAGAAAUCUAAUGUAAGCAAAGGGAGAGCGUGUAUCACACUUUGGAUUUGUAACAGUGAUAACGCAUGCUCCACCGGGACUAAAAGUAAAAAAAAUAGAGCAUAGAGGUUUAUUUUCGCCUAUCGCCACUAUGGGGCAGCACUGUAAAACAUAUAUAUAACAUAUAUUCCUAGACGAGUCAUUCUCUCUUCUAUCAAAGGCUGGUUUAAAAGUUACAGUUUUUUUCUGAAUGCUUGAACACUACUGGGAUCCUUGAAGCACUACUGUAUCUCUGAAAUCAUUUAAACUUGUCGCCAUGACAUUUAUCAAGUGCGUCACAUCAGGCACUUAAAGCUGUUACCAUUAGACUGUCUUUGCUACACUAUCUGCCAAUUGCACAUUCCAAAGCACUAUAAAGAUGCAAAAUAAACAACUAAACAUGUUAUUUAGGCACCAAUGGAAACCAAUAUCUAAUGCCCUUUUGGUGUUUUAUUGAUAGUGUAUUAUGUUUGGAAUACACAUCUAUACUCUGCAAAUGUGGACACCUGUGUGUGUAUUUGAGUUCACAAUAUUCAGCAAACUGCUAUGCCCGGCACACAGGAAAAGCAAAAGCCACAAGCAGCUGCCACAUGUAAACUACUGUUGGUGCUUCCUGUGCUUAUUCAAAUGAUGGAUCGUGUGCUCUUUAUCAACGCAAAAACACAAAAGAGUUAGGGGAAUAGUUUGCUUUUAAGAAUGUAUAGAGUUUUCCUCAAGUAGUCUACUCAGAAAAGAAAUGGAGCACACAGGGACAAAGUAAGAUCUAAGCUUUGGGUUAUUUUUGUUUCUGGCCGAGCGACAAGUUAAACCCCGUGAUCACUGCCCUCUAAUCUUUGGUUUGACGCAGCCUUUUUCUUCAAGAUUGAACCUCCAGCAAACUAAAUAUAUUGCUGGAAUGUGUCAACUAUUGAGUUAAUGAGAUUUAGCAAAAAUGUUAAAACACACUUCACUAUGCAUGGCUGGAGCACCAUCUAAGGUGUGAGAGGCCUCUCAAGGCGUGUUUUGGAGUUUUCACUCAGUCAUCCACAAACUUCUGCUGAAGUCAUUUCUGAGAAAAGCCCUUGAACCAACCUGUUCUUCAUGACCCGCAGGGAACUUUAGGCUGGCAUGAUAAAUCACUUAGACAUAUCAGCUUCUAAAGGGACACACAUAUCUAUUUCUUUUCUUGUCAAACUAGGGUUGAAAGUUCAGUACAUUUCAUGUGUAUCGGAGAAUGAAGUGCUGUGCGGUCCAUUGGGAGGGAGAAAACGUCUUAUGUUCACUGUUCCUUUGGCUGCAUCAAAUCAAGCAGUAGCUAAGAUUUAACCAAAUGAAAUCACCAUAUUAUCCAAAUUCCAUUCCUUUAUGUCUUGUAACCCCAGCAACAAAUGUGUCUUGGUUAGAUUUAUAACUUGAGUUCUAAAGUAAAGGCAACACAACAUUUGAAUAGUUGUUCAAUAGGUUUUUUAAAAAAAAAAGUAUUUGUAUUAGAUUUACAUUCUUAUAAAAAGGUACAUUUCCUUUUUAGACAUCACGAUGGCUGACUCAUUAUUUCCGGUUAGAGGAAAACAGGCCCUUAAAAAGGUUUGAGCAUAUGAUGGUGACAGAUGAAAGUGUAUAAACAGGAUGUAGUAAUAAACACCGGUUGAUAACAGACCACAGGCUGUCAUUAUUCACAAUGAAAGGGAUCCUUUGAGUUUCUUCUUGAGCUGAGUGGGUGUGAUGGAGGAUUUUUCUAAAUAUUUGGGUAUCAACUGGACCUUUUUUCUGAUUUGUUGCAUGUUCUGGAUUUUCUCACCAGCAGAAGGAAACAACAUCUCGAGGGAGGUGGGCAGCCCAGCGAUCCUGCACUGUAACAUCAGUUCAAACAGCACGCUCAAUCAGCUGACAUGGAAGAUGAACAGAGUGCUCCUUUUCAGUUUCAGGCCAAAGGAAAGUUUACACAAGAGUGACGAAGCUAAACGACUGAACAUUAAUAUGUCAGAGAGCCACCCGUACGCCCUGGUCAUAGAAAGAGUCCAGAAAUCUCACGAAGGGAACUACACCUGUGAGAUCAGCACGGUGAUGGGAGUUGAAGAAUGUAAAUGGGAGCUGAAAAUCACUGAGGAAGUGGUACCUGGAAAUCUAAACACGCUGAUGGUUGUUGCGGCAGUUGUUGUCCCUUGUGUGUGUUGCUUGAUUUUUAUACUGGCUUUAAUCAUUCUGUAUAGAUGUCAUAAACAACGUGCAGAGAACUGUUCUCGCACCUCAGAAAUGCAGCCAGAAGAAGUAAUUUAUGAAAACUGUCUGGAAAAUGAUGUCAUACAACAACAUGGCUAUAUUCAGCCUCUCCCUUUCAAGACUAGGUCUAGACAAGGAGGGGCUCAGUACUGAGCAGGUAGAGGAUCGUCUAUUUUUAGAGUAUUUUUGUUGAAAACACAUGCCUUGUGGCUGUUCUCUAAAUGAAGGCAGAAGAUGAAAACAAUGUGCCAGAAGACGCUACAGCACUGUGGAUCUGAGGGAAACAACACCUUCUACCCUUCCUUUUCUUUUCUUUUUUACCUUUAUUUAACCAGGAUUGGUCUCAUUGAGAUUAAAAAUCUAUUUUUCAAGAGAGUCCUGGCCCAAGAAUGGUUACAGCACAGUUACAGACCAUUUUAAAACACACAAUCACAACACAGUCAUACACCAAGUUUAUCCAAAGCAUUUACAGACACAGCGGCCUGCUUCAAGGUCAGUUAGUAGCUUUUAGUCUGUUUAAAGAAACCAGCUCUCUGAGUUUCAGCUCAGUUUGAAGCUGGUUCAGGAGUAGCGUAACUGAACGCCCUCUUCCCCAGUUCACAAUCAGAUUUAGGGGGACCAAAUUAUGGAAUGCCUGUCAGAAUAGCGUACCUGUAUUAAGUGUUACAAUAACCACAGAAAAAAACUAUUUAUCUACUUUUUGUAACAGUUGUUCACUUUGAAGAACUAUAAUAUAUACACAUACUCAUACACUUUGUGUCCUUCUUUUUAUACAUUUGUGUUAUAUGUUAAUAUAGUAUGCUGUUGUUAUGGUUUGCCAUCAGUAUUGAAUUCCUAAUAUUUCUUGUAUAUUAAUCUUGUGUUGUCUAUAACAUUGUGAAUUCUAACAUUAUUUGGGGCGAGGUUUUCUGCCUUUUCCUGUACUGUAUAAUUUAACUGUUGUGUUUGUACAUUAUGUUGAACAUUUUGAAUGUAGUUCAUUAAAGGUACAUUGCUACCAAAAAGACUAUGAGGAGUUCAGCAGAUAGAUGUGAAUACAAAGAAAACUGUUGAAAAAAUGAUUGAUGAGGAUACCAAAGGGAGUCCUGAAGAGCAGCUAAGCUUCAACAGCUCACACAGAUAUCCCAUAAAUCUUAGAUUCUCUGUAUGCUUCAGUAGAUAAUGGUAGUAAAGCUUAAGGGAGUUUACCAGUCAUGUGAUACUGCGACCACAAGAUCACCAUUACGCAACUCGAUGGCGUCUUUUAUUACCAUGUCUGGCUCUGUAAUAACCAUUUAUAUGAAACGCCCAAAUUCCAGGCUUUUAAUUAAAGUUAUUAAAAGUUGCCUCUU